AUGUGCAAUGUGUUGGAGUACAAGAAUAUCAAAAUUGUAUACCGCCGAUAUGCUCUGUUGUUUUUUGUCGUUGGUAUUGACACAGAUGACAACGAGUUACUUGCUCUUGAGAUUGUCCACCGAUUCGUUGAGCAAAUGGACCGCAUGUACGGCAACGUUUGUGAGCUUGAUAUCAUCUUUGGUUUUGACAAAGCGUACCACGUACUCGAUGAACUAUUACUAGAUGGGUACAUUCAGGAACUGCUGAAGAAGGAAGUCUUGAGGCGCGUGGCGCAACAGGAUGAGUUGGAGAACAUGGAUGAAUUCACGUCGGUAUUGGCCUAA